UCCGAUGUCGCGUCAUUUGCUGGCAUGCCCUCGCUACGCUGCGCUUGACCACGCUAUAAAUGCAGCUGGGCAGGGAAAUCUGGAAAGUCACUCACGCAGAUCUCUCCCUUCCCUGUCCUUCCACAAAACAAGAAAACCACCAUGUCCGGCAGCUCCACCCUCCUAGCGGCCCUUGCUGGCCGACGCUCCUACUACGCCCUACGUCGCGAAUCCCCCAUCCCUGACUCCAAGAUCCAAUCGAUUCUCAAUCAGAUCGUGCUGCAGACCCCCUCGGCCUUCAACUCUCAGACCACACGCAUCCUGGUCCUGCUGAAACAGGAGCACGACAAGCUAUGGGACAUCGUCAAGGACUCCCUGCUCACUCGCAUCGGGGCUGAGCGGUACCAGAAGACUGCGCCCAAGAUCGACGGCUUCCGCGCCGCUUACGGCACGGUGCUCUUCUAUGAGGAUCAGACCGUGGUCGCAGACCAUAAGGCCAAGUUCGCAUCGUAUGCGGAACACUUUGAGGCCUGGUCGGAACAGACCAGCGGCAUGCAUCAGUUGAUUGCGUGGACGGCGCUCGAGACGGAAGGGUUUGGCGCCAACUUGCAACACUACAACCCCAUCAUCGACGAUAAGGUCGCGAGCACCUUCGAGGUGCCUGCGCAGUGGAAGCUGCGGGCGCAAUUGGUGUUUGGCGUGCCGGAGGGCGGACCACCACCGCCCAAGGAGAAGAAGCCUUUGGAUGAGCUCAUUCGCGUGGUGGGAAAUGACAGUAACUGAGGGGUAGCUCAACUGUGAUGACUCGAAAGGGAUCUAUUUUUGGCGUGCGUCGAGGCGGGGUAUCGGGGCAUUGGGGCUUAUCUGGUGUAAAUAGUGUCCGUUAUCCAUAGACUUACUCUAGAGAAGGCAACGGGACG